AUGAAGGUUGUGUCGAUUUUCGUUUUUGUCUUCGCCACUUCAGUGGCGGGGGCUCCUACUAUAAUAACUUCAAUACCAAAACAUUUGCAAGAAGAGAAUAGACAAAUACUUCGCGAUAAAAGGUCUAAAUAUGGACUUGGUUACUACUCUUACGGAGCAGCAUCAUCACCGAUUGCAGCGUACUCCCCGUACCAAAUGAAUAUCCCUGUCCAGAAUUACUUGAAUCCUUACGCCUAUGGCUAUCAAACGUUGUAUCCCGGUUGCGGGCGUGGAUAUUACAGAAGCCAAGCCUAUCAUAACGACCAGGAGAUGAUGAGUUUCUCGGACAAGGAGCAUGAGCAUCAACCAGCAUCAAGGAACGUUAUGGAUACUGCAGAAACAACCUCGAUUAACCAAAUAACUCCAUUAAGUCCUUCAAGUAUGCCCAGUAUUGGUCAGUUGAUGACUCCCACAAAUGGACCAGCCUACGGAAUGUUCUCCAAUGUUCAAAAUGUCGGGUGCAAUGUGCCGCUGCUCUUCAGCUGUUCACCCUCUAUAGUGCCGUUAAGGAUGAGGUCAUCUCCGCAAAUGGGUUAUGGUUAUGGGCCGUAUGGAUACCGAGGUGUUGAGGAUAUGUCUUAUGAACCCCAUGGAAGUUUUCACGAGGAACUCGCUGCUCAUGACAGUGUGGGUGCGGGUGUGAGUGCGGUUGAGGCAAACCAUGAGGGCGGACAUCAGUGA